AUGCUAUCGUCAAUCUUUUUGCUUCACCUCUUUGCAAUCUUUGGUCUCCUCUGCCAAGCUACGCCUUUGCAUAAACGCGAUUCUGGAUUUGAAAUCUACGCCUAUGGUACUGGUAUCAGUGGACUUCAAGUUCACUACGACGAUGUCCAAGUGUCGAGCUCAAAGUCCUAUACCUGGAUUGCAAGUAGUCAAUCUGGGAAUGUUACCUGGGCCCCAAAGACCCUUUACCUGGAGGACGACGGAGCAACUGCAACUGAAGUUGGCUUCACAUCUGCCAGCAGCACGUCAGGAAAACUCACCAACGUGUUCUGGCUGUAUGGACAGUCUGUCAUAGUGAAUGUGGACAGUGCAACUUUCUAUGCUGAGCCAGUCGCGCACACUCCCGGCCACUACACUCUGUGCUGGAGCCCAACGGAUGUAUCGGGCGAUGGUAUCAUUGUUACCUUGCGUACUAUCGCGCCCUCUACCGAUUCCGUCCUCAGCUGA